AUGGGCAACUGGGCAACUUUUCCUCUGGACAGGUUUUGAUAAAUCUCCCCCCUAAUGUGUACCAAUGACAGGUGUUGGUGGUCUUAAGAAUAAAGCUGAAUCACUUCAGAAAACAAUGUGGCUUAAUAGCAUAGUACGUAUAGGUUGUCAAGUAUGAUGCAUGUGAGUCCCCAGUGUAUGUGUAUAUAAAGUCCACAUUGAGGAAUACAUAGCAUAUAUAUGAAAAGGUGGCACAAAAAUAAACUCAUCGCUGAAUGUAAGACAGAAGAGCUCUUCAAUAGAUAUGGCUUUUUCAUCAACCAAAGGAUCAAAGCAGAACUUUUUUUAUAUUGUGCUGUGUGUUCUUGUUCACGGACAUCAAUGCAUUACCAUUAAUGACUGUGGUAACACUCUCAGAUCACCAGAUUAUAAUGACAUCUUGGUGACAUGUGGUCCACAGGAAAUUGAACUCCACAUUUACUUGUGUCCAAUUUACUAUUCUGGUUAUAAUGAAAGCCAACUUUUUAUGAAUGAUAUUUUUUCUAACCCGGGCUGUCAAGGUUCAGUUGAUUUAUCUCAAGAUGUUCCAUUCUUGAAAUUUGUUUUUUCAGUCAAUGACAGUUCAACUUGUGGAAGUAUAUUCCAGAUAAAUGAAGUAGCGGGUGAGGGGAUUUUUAGUAGUUUUUCCAAAAUCCAAUAUGUUAAUAUCAGUGGAAUAAUAAAGUCAAAAGAUCCAAAUGUGGGUGUCAUCACCCGGAGCCCAGAACUGAAGUAUUUAUAUUCCUGCAGUUACCCACUGGAAUACCUCAUGAACAACACACGGCUGGAUGUUGCUGGGAAUAAUAUAGCUAUUAAUACCAAUAAUGGAAGCUUCAUCAGCACACUCUCAAUGCAGCUAUAUCUAGAUGAAAGAUACGGCAGACCUCUUAUUAUUCCACCGACUGGACUCAAAAUAAACACUACAGUUUUUGUGGAAGUGAGGGCAAACAACUUAACAGAUAAGUUCAAUGUUUUACUGGAUCGGUGCUAUGCCUCUGUUUCACCCUAUCCAACUAAUUCAACUUAUUAUGACCUAUUUGUUGGAUGUCAAAAGGACCAAUUUACUUUCAUAAGCAUUAAUGGAGACAGUCAAGUAGCACGGUUUUAUUUUACUGCUUUUCGAUUUCUAGAACAAUAUCAACAACCUAUAUCAACUUUUUACUUGCAUUGUAUAACUCGACUUUGUGAAACAUCAGCUUGUAAUUCAUUUAAACCAGCAUGCAAAAGGAGAAAAAGGAAUGCUAGAGCUGCUCCAAACACUUCAGGAUCAGUUUCGGAUCCAGCAACUAUUACUUCUCCAGCAAUUACCACCACCGGUGAUAAUGGAGAAUUAACCAGUUUAAUUUCCAGCGAUUCCAACAAGGAUUCUCAUGAAAUUGUAAGCACUGCUGUCGGUUUGGGAAUAACAGUUGGAUUCUUGGCUUUGCUGUGUACACUCAUGGGAGGAAUUGUAUUUCUUAUGCACAGGAGACUGCAGAAAAGUAGAUAUCCAGAGAAGAACAAUUUUCAUUAGAAUGAGACUUUAUUAAGACUGUAGACUUAGAAAACGCAAAGUCACUUAUAAGCUGUGGAGCGAUUUAGAUUAGUCCAUAUAUGUAGUAAUUAUUGUGAUAAUAUUUAAUUGUGAUUAUAGUGUAAUAUUUUGAUUUUGUAUAGACAAUAAAUAAAUAUUGAC